AGGGAGGGAAGGAGGGAGGGAGGGGAUCCAAACUCCCUCCGCGCUCCCUCCUCCUCCCCUCCUGCUCUCCCCACCCGGCUCUCCUACAACUGCAUGUGCCACUCUGGUGCCCCGCCAUCUGCCCAGACAGCGCCAGGAUUCGAGGAGGAAGCGGCUUCCCGGCAUGGAGGAAGGCAGAGCCGUGCUGGAGCCCCGGGACUUCCUCGGGAUGGAUUACCCCUCCUUGUACCUGUGCAAACCCAAGAGGGGCAUGAAGCGGGAUGACAGCAAGGACACAUACAAACUACCACAUAGAUUAAUUGAGAAGAAAAGACGGGACAGGAUUAAUGAGUGCAUUGCACAACUGAAAGAUUUAUUGCCCGAGCAUCUGAAACUGACAACAUUAGGGCAUCUGGAGAAAGCCGUAGUUUUGGAAUUAACUUUGAAACAUUUAAAAGCUUUAACAGCCUUAACGGAACAACAGCAUCAGAAGAUAAUUGCUUUACAGAAUGGAGAGAGGUUUCCAAAGUCUCCCCUGCAGUCGGAUUUGGACGCUUUCCACUCGGGCUUCCAGACCUGCACCAAAGAAGUUUUGCAAUACCUCUCCCGCUUUGAAAGCUGGGCGGCCCGGGAGCAGCGCUGUGUCCAGCUGAUUGGCCACCUGCAUGCUGUCUGUGCCCGCUUCCUACCGGGCACCCAGCUUCCAGUUCCCAAGGGCUCAAUGGUGGGCAAAGAGAGCCACCCCAACUGUGUGCCUGUCAUCCAGAGGACUCAGAGCACCAACAGCAGUGGGGCUGGGAGUGCAGCUGCUCCAAAUGGGCACCAUCUUGCUGGGAAUGGUAACAGCAGUGUGGAGCUUGGUGGAGAGAAUGACACUGACACUGACAGUGGCUACGGCGGAGAGGGGGAAGGUGAGAAGGUUCGGAUCAAGCAGGAGCUUCCUGGGGAGGAUGCCCCACCAAAAGCCAAGAGGCUGAAGCUGGACUGUGUUGCAGAGCAAGCGGCAGCAGCCCUCCUAAGGCCCGACCCCACCUUGCUGAGCUCCUUGAUGGCUUUGGGAGGCCUGGGCAAUGGAGCAGCGUCCCCUUUUGGGCAGCCCCCUGCAGCUCCUUUCUGCCUGCCUUUCUACUUCCUCUCCCCUUCCGCCGCCGCCUACAUGCAGCCUUUCCUGGACAAGAGCAACUUGGACAAGUAUCUCUAUCAAACAGCAACUGCUCCCAUCCCUUUGCUCUACCCUGGGAUUCCGGCCCCCGCCUUCCCUUGCCUCUCCUCUGUCUUGGCGCCAGCAGAGAAAGCCUCUGCUUCAGCCUCCUCUGCCCUGCUUUCUCCUGAUCUGGCUUCUCCUUCCCAGCCCCUUCCAGCUCUCUUCAGUGCAGGGAUUCCCUUGGAGACAGAGCCCCCUUCUCCAGAACAGCCUUCACCCUCUUCUGGAGAGGAAGAGCCUUGACCGAAUGAGAGGCAGAGGCAGCCUUUCACAAACAACACUUUGGGUUUAGACUCCCUUGUUCAACAGGAAGGACCUGCCACACCUGAGAAUGACAGACAGGCCUCUUCCUUGAAUGUAACUGAUCCCUUCAAAGAGUGAUUGCCUCUUGUUUUUGUCCUCAAGAAAGCUCUUUCUUCUCCCUAUAUAUCUUUUUUUUGGGGGGGGGGGGAUCUUUCAUCUUUUCCCCACUUCAUUUCCCAUAAUAAUAUUUUUUAAGUUACAUUGGUCUAAAUUUAGGCCCCUUCUACACUGCCAGAUAAUCCAAGCAGAUUUAUUUUAUUUAUCGUGUCAGGGGCAGACCAAACAGUUGCAUUGCAUUUUUUUAACAAACAAACAGACAAACAAAAACACAAAGUUUGCAAGCUUGGUAGUUGAUUAAAUGUCCUUUGACCAGUAUCUGGCCACUUGGAGUGCCUCUGGUUUUGCCGCAAGAAGGUCCUGCAUUGUGCAUGUAGCAGGACUCAGAUUACAUUGCAGCAGGUGGUCUGUGGUUUGCUCUUCUCCACACUCGCAUGUCGAGGAUUCCACUUUGUGGCCCCAUUUCUGAAGGUUGGCUCUGCAUCUCGUGGUGCCAGAGCGCAGUCUGUUCAGCGCCUUUCAAGUUGCCCAGUUUUCUGUGUGCCCAGGGGGGAGUCUCUCAUCCAAGCAGAUAAUCCACAUCUGUUUUGAACUGGAUAAUAUGAAUCCAGUUCACUGCCAUAUUUGAACUGCCAUAUAAUCCAGUUCAAAGCAGAUAAUCUGGAUUUUAUGUGGCAAUGAAAAAGGGGCCUCAGUGGCUAGUCCCAGCUAGUUUUGUUGUCCUGUUGUGGUUUCAAUUCAAUUCGAACUUCAAUGUGUUUCUGAUUUAUGGUGACCCCAAGGCAAACCUAUCGCCAGUGGCAGAUUGGGUCCAAAAUAUGGGUUGCCAUGAAACAAAAGGUCAUUAGCAUUUUUACCAUAUUGUCUAAUGUUUGACUCCCUUGCCUUUGGGCAAGCUGACACUUUGGUCAGUCUGCCAUUGUCUAUCAGAGGACUUUCUGGGGCCGAGAGUGUGUGACUUGUCACAGUACAUAUUUGUCUCCAGAAUCAUAGGCCAACAUUCAAACCACUCCACCAGGUUGGUUCUCCCCAGUUUUAGAGACUGAUUAUAUUAGUUGCUGAGUGGUAAGUCAACAUUAGACAAAUCCCAUUGAUCUAACAAGUCUAAUUGAGACUAGCAACUGGAUUUGGGCCAGUAUAUUUGCAAAUUUUUAAACAUUAUGGAGCAUAUAUUCCUCUUCUGUAUUUGGGCUGGAACAAAAGUAAAUUGAAAGAGUACUUUAGAGCAGUGCAUCUGUCAUGAAACUGAUUCAAAGAAACAUAACCUGUUGGACGUUUUGCAUUACACCUGCCUUGUAUAAGCUGUGCUCAGCUCACAGCAUGUCAGGUUAUUUCCAUUAAUUUAAUUGGUGUUUAUGUAGAAGAAUUUCCCAGUGGAUUGCGUCCAUAAUGGGCAAAACGUAAUAUGCUUCCUACUUGAUUGGGUUAAUUUUCAGUUGUAUUGUCAGUUUCCUGAGAUUAAGUCUAAAUGAGCCCAAUGAUUUAUUAUUGAUAUAUACUGAUAUUGUAUUGUCAAAGGCUUUCAUGGCUAGAAUCACUAGGUUCUUGUGGGUUUUUUCGGGCUAAAACUCUAAAAUUACAACAGCAGAGAGGAAACAACCAGGCACAUCUUAACACCUCUCAACAAAACAUUUUCCCAGGCUCAGCCAGGCCUUCAAAUGCUAAUGAAGGUGGUCAGCUGAAACAUUCACACCUAGCUUCAGCAGAGAAGAGCUCUGUGCCCCACCCCAGUCAUUCCACAGAUAUAUAAACCCAUUGUCCUAAUUCCAACAGACCUCACUACCUCUGAGGAUGCUUGCCAUAGAUGCAGGUGAAACGUUCUAGAGGCAUUCUCUCCUGAUGUUUCGCCUGCAUCUUUCCUAGUUCCCUUUUUCCUAUUUCCAACAGACCUCACUACCUCUGAGGAUGCUUGCCAUAGAUGCAGGCGAAACGUCAGGAAAAAAUGCCUCUAGAACAUGGCCAUAUAGCCCGAAAAAAACCCCACAAGAACCUAUACUGAUAUUACUAUAACUGUCCACAUGAAUUACUAGGCAUAAGUCAGUGAAUUGUAGGAACUGAAAUCACAAAGACUGACAUUCAGUUGGGCCAAAUGACAACAAGUUGGUGGAGCUUAGGGAUCAUUUCCAUGGACUAUUGCAGUGGUUCUCAACCUGUGAGUCCCCAGAUGUUUUGGCCUUCAACUCCCAGAAAUCCUAACAGCUGGUAAACUGGAUGGGAUUUCUGGGAGUUGUAGGCCAAAACACCUGGGGACCCACAGGUUGAGAACCACUGGACUAUUUGUUACCUUUGUGACUUGAAACGUUCAGAGGACUGGAUUGGUCCAUUCAUGAUGAAGAAUGGGGGUGCACUGAGGUGAGAAUAGCUUUCACUUUAUAUCGCUAGCACUUUAUUGACAAAUAGGUCAUAAAUGAAUUGACCUUUUGUUGCUGUCUUGCAUCCUUAUAUCUCCCCUGGCAUUAGCUCAGCAGUUCAGACAAUGCAGGAACCAUCCAUGAUGUCAUUUCCCCCCCUAAAGCAAGUUUAUUCACCUCCAUUUUAUUAUUUAGAUUUUUGUUUUAGCUAAGUUCCUGAUUUCAAGUUACUUUGCUGUAUGGCAAGGAUCAUGGCUAGACUAGAUUGCAAAUAAAUGUCUAGCAUGAAGACUCCAAUGCUAUCCAUGCUUAUUCAGAAAAAAAAGUGAUUCCACUGCGUUUGGUAGGGUUCAUAUCCUGGUAAGUGCAUUUGUGAUUGCGACCUAAUCCAAGCUUAUGUUGUAUCUCCAAAGGAUAGUGAGCCUCUGUUGGUCUCUUCUUUCUUGAUAGAUGAAGGCAACCAAAAAGUGCUUUUCCUGCCAUGGGGAUAAAGGCCACCAUUAAAGACUUCUUAGCUGGAUAUCCUAAGGAAAGAAAACUCAUAUUAAUAACAAAAUAUGUGUGUGGUAAUGAGGAAAAGGUAGGAUGAGGCUUUACUGCAAGGCCUUUCUGUCUCCAGAUAUCCCAAUUUCCCUUUCUGGGAACUGUUGCCAGACACCAGAUAAUCACACAACUAAAGCUCUGUUAAUAAGGCUUAAGCCGAGAACCUUGCAUAGAUAUUUUUAGUUUGUUGCCAAGGUAGCACUGUGAGAAAUCUCACUCCAAUGUUAUGUAAGAGGUGAGACACAACAGUCUGACUGAGUGAAUAUGCCUGGGUCUGUUAGUCAUUUUGGGUGUGUUUGCUGCUACUGCUGUUGCUUCUGUUUGCCUCAAACGCUGUGUUUCAACAACGUUGUUCACCCACCCACAUUUCUUUCUUUUAAAAAAAAUCUUACAGAGCCAACAGAAUGGCUGUAUGUAUAUAGUUGUUAAUACAUCCAAUUAAUGAUGUCUGACAUGCUAUUUUUGUAGGAAGAAGAUAUGCAUUAAUGAUAUUUUGAGUUAAAACUAUUUCGAGAAGGAAUUGUUGGGGAAAGUUGCACUUUUGUUAAAAUGCUUAUGUUUGGUACAAGCUUAUGCUGUCUUAAAUUAUUUUAAAAUAAUAAAUGCUAUCUGCAAGAA